CGAAACGGUGUGACUUUUUGAAAGGAUAUUAUAUUUAUUCCAAAUGAAUAUGCCAAAAGUCAAAGUGUUACUGGAAUAAUCUAAUUGAUAAAAUUCCUUAGUUCUCCUGUUUAUACUGAUACCACGCCAAAUACAAAAAUAUGUUAUCAAAAUCUACUAAUAAGUGUUGCAGUGUUGUAUAAUAUUAGUGAUUUUGGAGCGUUACCUUAGUGCAUUAUCAGGAAGUAUUUUUUUUUGGGUUUAAAUAUUCAUACAAAUGGCAGACAAGCCACCAGUAAAACCGCCGAAGCCAGCGCGUGAAGCGCGGGCUUUCGUCAAAGAUUUCAUGGCCGGAGGAGUGUCUGCAGCAGUUUCGAAGACUGCAGUAGCGCCGAUAGAAAGAGUAAAACUCCUCUUGCAAGUGCAACAUUCAAGCAAACAGAUAAAAGCUGAUAAGCGUUAUAAAGGCAUCUUUGAUGUCAUCGCACGUAUACCAAAAGAGCAGGGCGUACUGUCCUUUUGGCGUGGUAAUUUUGCAAACGUACUUCGAUAUUUUCCGACACAGGCUUUAAAUUUUGCUUUUAAAGACAAGUAUAAAACCAUAUUUCUUGAUGGCAUUAAUAAGCACACUCAAUUUUGGAGAUACUUCGCUGGAAAUUUGAUAUCGGGAGGCGCGGCCGGAGCGACCUCUAUGUGUUUCGUAUACCCAUUAGAUUAUGCUCGAACACGAUUGGGAGCUGACGUCGGAAAAGGGAAAGGCAAAGAGUUCCAAGGGAUUACUGAUUGUCUCGUAAAAACAUUUAAGAGUGAUGGACCUGUUGGUUUAUACCGUGGCUUCGUGGUAUCAGUGCAGGGUAUUAUUAUAUACCGAGCCACUUACUUUGGUUUCUUCGAUACGGCUAGGGCUUAUUUGCCUGAUCCAAAAAAUACACCGUUGGUUAUCACAUGGAUGAUCGCUCAGACGGUGACUACUUUUGCCGGGUUUACCUCCUACCCUCUGGACACAGUGAGGCGGCGAAUGAUGAUGCAGUCUGGUCGAUCGGUAGAACAACGCCAGUAUAAGAGCACAGCUCAUUGCUGGGCAUCAAUACUGAAAAACGAGGGGAUUAAAGCAUUUUACAAAGGAGCUUUAUCCAACGUAUUCAGAGGAGCUGGAGCAGCGUUAGUGCUGGUGCUAUAUGAUGAAGUUAAAAAAUUAUUUUAGGCACGCCUUCAGCUCUCGUAGAUAUUUUCGCGUACGUCACAGAAUAAGCCAUGCUCAUGACAGCUUUUGUAGCUGCUAAUGUUUUUGUAUUUUUAGGUGGAGUUCGUUUGUUUAAAAUGACAAAAUAAUUUCUUUAAUACAUCUUUUUUUUUGUAAUUCCUGAGUUUUAUUUCGCUGUAGCUGCAACGCAAGAUGCGCGUUGCAGCGCUGUUUAAAUUUCUUUGUUUUUUUUAAACAUAUUUUUAUUUUUAUUUAACCAGCAUCGAAAAGAAGUGCUGGUAACAUGAGUGUUUACGGAUGUGAACACUCAUUCAUACUCAUCAUAGUACGUAUAGGCAUGGGCAGACAGCUGGUCCGCAGCCCGGCGCUCAGUAUCCGUUGACAGCACUACCAGUAAUGUUACAAUUGGCAAUUUGAGUUGUUACCGCAUAUGCAGAUAAUUUUCUGUCUUGUUGAACUUACUUUUUCUUCUCCUUGCCUUAAAUAUGUUAAUAAACAUCGCUACCUCAGGUAAUUAAAAAAAAAACGGUUAGUGUAUUACAUUUUAGUUCUUGAUAUUUAAAUGACAUGUAUAUGUUGGUACCAAAGACAUUAUAUACUCUACUAGCUAAAUUAAUGCCGUCAACAUAAGGUAGUUAUUUCUUCGUGAGUGGUAGCUAGUCAAAAACAGUCCUGGCGAGAGGGCUCCCGAUGCUUUUUUAUUUUCAAUCUUUUUCUGUCCGAAAUAUUGCAUCCCGUUCAUUUAUUUGAUCUAACAAUAACUCCCAUUUCAUAAUAACAUGUCCCGGGUUCUGUUUGGUCAUGGUCACUCCAUUAGCAAGAGACACUACAGUCGGGAGCCCUCUCGCUCGGACCGUUUUUUGCGCCAUAGUGCACAGGCUAGCUAGUAGAGUAUAUAAUGUCUUUGGUUGGUACAGUAAUGUAAGCAAAUUUAUAGAUGUGUAGCUAGCUUAAAAAACGACAAGCAUUUUAUUAAAUUAUUUCGAUUUAUUAAAUCGAUGUAUUACUGC